GGAAAGGGUCAAUUUAGAGCCAGUUUAAGGAGUAAACAGCCAUCGGCGAGUGCGUGGAACGCCUGAGUCCUGACAAAACGGUGUUAAGACACUAGAUUCCGUGCGAUCGGUGCGUUUCUGAUCGACUGCAAUGAGUUGAGGUGGAAAAUCAGCGUGUUGAGAGCUAAUGUGAUUGAUAGCUUUUAUGGAGCGUAGAUGAAGAAGGCCAAUUCUUGGGCACAGAACCGCGCUCCUCGGCCGGCGACCAGGAGCGACCAAAGGUUUCAGCCAUCCGCGGAUCUCGACCACCAAGGGUUGGACGGUGACUUCGGCAUGCCGGACACGCGGCGGCAGACGAAGCCGAUACUUUACGUGCAAGGUCCGACGGACAGUGAAAAUCCGAACACUAGUAUCGAGACCAGUGAUACGUGGUUCACCAGACUGAUACCUGGCAUCUGCACUCGACUAGCCGCUACCUGCUGUCAGAGCAGAUACGUCAUGGAGGUCAAGGAGCCCGCGAUCCCCAUCGUCAUACCCGUCACAUACAAGGGACCCCAAGAUUUGAAAUCGAAUCUACUGACAUCAUGGAGCCCCAGCUCGACCAAGAUAAUGUUGGUCUUCGGGCGGGACGAUCACCAAUCGGAAGUAUUGGGAUCGGCAGCGAAGAAACUAGGGUGGUCGGUAACUUACUCAAGGAGCACAGACACGGCCCUCGAGACGUUCCACAGCCGCGCGCAUGACAUCGUCGUGAUAGAUCACCGAGGAUCUAGAGGAAUAGAUUCAGAUUCACUCUGCAGAUCGAUCAGGGCUUCGGGUGUCAAUCCAAACACAGUAAUCGUCGCUCUCGUUCGGAAGUCGUUCCUCAUCAACGCGGAUCAGGAUCAGAUCAUGACGAUCGGAUUGAUGGGGAUUGGCUUCAACAGAACGCUCCUCGAGUGCUCCCAGGAAAACCUUCUGGCCAACGAACUCGUCAAUAUCCACGCAAGCGAACUCCAGCCCAGGUUACACCUCGCCGCUUUUCACGCACUUUACGUCGCUGUUGACAGGUGUAGAGACAUGGUCCACGUAACCAACGACCGCCACGUUGUCCAGUUUGCAAAUAAGGCCAGUGAACGUUUUCUCGGUUACAAACCGGAAGAACUUCUGGGGAACAAAAUAAUGGACAUCGUAUCCUCCGACAACUUUGUCUUAAUGGAUCAACACCUUCGGCGAGGCAGAGAAUGGGAAGGGAACAUGAACUGCAAGAGGAAAUCGUCGAAGACGAUCACCAUCAACUGUCGGAUAGUGCCUUUUUCCGCCUCGGGCAGGACGCCGACCCACUACAUUUACGUCCACGACACCACCUACCUCCUUGAAAAUAUGGCAAUCGGUCCGGGCAACACUGGGGCCCAACAAAUGCCCAGAGGAAGCGUUCACUCGCUAAGAAGAGGAUCGUUCGACGUCAAGUCGACGGGGAGUGAGAGUAAGGCGCCCGAUCCCCAAACCCGAUUCAGUUACCAGCAUGUCCCGAUCGAAAAUCAGUGCCAAUGCGAAAACGCACGCACCCACAGACGAUCCAGCUUUACGAAAAUUCACAAUUUACCACUGGAAGCACCGAUCACUCGUGUUAUCGGCAUUCUCUCAACCGCACUGAACGACACAUCGACGACGAGUCCGGAACUCGCGCUGCAGAUGUACAAGGCGAUCGAACUGCUUAAAGGCACGGAAUUGUACACACCACAGCUAAGGGAGGACAGCAGAGGAUACGAUCCGGUCACUGAAGAUCUCGUCGGUGCUCUCUUGGCGUCUCCGGUCUACGCGAGGGACUCGAGAAGGUCGUCAAACGACUCUGUGAGUCGGAUACCAACGAGCAAGACACUGACCAAUGCCUCUGCUCAUCGCAUGUCUCUCAAGGGUUACAGACCACCCCAAGAAAUUCACGACAUGAUGGAGAAGAGUCUCGACUGGGACUUCGACAUAUUCAAACUGGAGGUUCUUUCCUGCGGAAGACCGCUCGUUUACUUGGGGAUGAAUCUUAUCGGGCUCUACGAAGGCCCUGCAACACUGGGCUGCGACGAAAAGACUCUUUUCAACUGGCUCACCCUCGUUGAGAUGCAUUACCACGCAGACAACAGUUAUCACAAUUCCUCACAUGCUGCUGACGUUCUUCAGGCAACCGCUAAGUUCAUGCGAUCCGAGAGGCUCAAGAUGAUAUUUGACCCGCUCGACGAAGUCACGGCUCUGAUAGCCGCUGCGGCUCACGACAUAGAUCAUCCGGGAAGAUCAAGCCAAUUUCUCUGCAACGCUAACAACAAACUUGCUAUUUUGUACAACGACUUGGCGGUUCUGGAGUCGCACCAUGCAGCCCUUACAUUCAAGCUUACGUUGGCUGACGAUAGGGCGAACAUUUUUAAGGGUUUGGACAGAGAGUCGUACAAAGUGGCAAGGCAGAACGUUAUUGACAUGAUUCUCGCUACCGAGAUGACAAGGCACUUCGAACACCUCGCAAAGUUCGUCAACGUCUGCAGCAAUCGAAUGGCAGGUGACUCACAGUCCGAGCCUGUUUCCGACGUUAUUGACAUGACGGUACUACUCCAACCAGAGAACAUUACCUUAGUUAAAAGGAUGAUGAUAAAAUGCGCGGAUGUAUCCAACCCGACUAGACCGUUGAAGGCUUGCAUUGAGUGGGCGAGACGAAUCGCUGAAGAAUAUUUCCGGCAGACAGACGAAGAGAAGCAAAACGGGAUGCCGGUCGUGAUGCCGAUGUUUGACAGACUGACGUGUUCCAUACCCAAGUCGCAGAUUGGAUUCGUCGACUUUAUUAUCAAUGACAUGGUCGAGGCUUGGGACACAUUCGUUGACAUGCCAGAAUUAAUUAGUCACAUGAGACUGAAUUACGAUAAGUGGAAGGAAUAUCAGGAACAAGGAAUAUCGACGCUCCAAGAUAUUGAAAAACUGCAGACAUCCCCAGAACUGCAAAUACCGCGACGAACUACCUAAUACUGUGUUUGGAUAAUGAAGUGAGAAAUCUGACGAGUACGUGGCACAACUUAUGAAAUGCGGUACAUCGAUUAAUACUCUCAAUACCGCUUCCUCUUCUACAACUGGUACACGGCACAUAGUAUACCGUGAUCGAAUUCAAAUAGAAAAUGAAAAAAAAAUAUAUACGUAUACGUUUGUAAAUUAUUUUCGUAUUGUCAUACGUACUCUAUAAAUAAUAUAUACAUGUAAAACAUAUAUACUAUACAUCGAUUAUUUAUUUCCCUUAUUCGCCCAUAUGAUACUUUUCAUAAACAAUCAACUGGCCUUUUUACUUCAAGUGCUAGGUGCAACUGGACUUGUUAAAAAAAUA